GACCCUUGCAAAGUGUACGGCUUGAAAUGAAGCUGCUUUUAGUAAUUUCAGUCAUAGCAUAUGGCUGUGCUGACAAGUUGGACCGCAGUUAUCUUCCGCCACUAAAUGCAGCGUCAUCCGGUGGAAGCUCUAAAGACCUGAACGUUCCGUUUGGAUCACCAAACGGGCCGUUAGGUUCCGAUUCACUACCGAAACUACCUGGCUUCGGACAAACUGGCGCUGGCGCCGGUCAGACAUCUCAAUCCUCUGGUAACUUCGGAUCAAAUGGAUUCGGUCCAGGAACCGGUCCUACGGGAUCAAAUAUAUUUGGCCAAAAUGCCGCAACAUCAGGAUUUGGUCAAUCACCAACUGGACCAGGGCAAAAUGGAUUUGCUACUAAACAAACUUUCGGUUCGGGUUCGGGAUCAAAUCAAAGUGCACAAAGUGGAUUUAAGCAAACUGCUACCUUCGGACAAGGAGGUCAAGGUUCAAACUCGUUUACGCAGGCAUAUCAGUCUCAACGCCCUCAGAGUGAAGCUGAAAGAAAUGCACAAAUUCUAAGAUAUGAAAAUGAAAACGAUGGUGAAAGGUACUCGUACAGUUUUGAAACUUCUAACGGUAUAUCGGCCGAAGAAACCGGUGUAGCCACGAAUGGUGUCAAGGCACAGGGUGCAUUCUCAUACACGUCGGACGAGGGUGAAAAGAUAAGUGUGACGUACACUGCUGACGAAAAUGGUUUCCAACCCCAAGGAGAUCAUUUACCUACACCUCCUCCAAUUCCUGAAGAAAUUCUUAAGUCUAUCGAGGAGAACGCCAAGGCCGCUGCUGCUGGGACUCAAGAAGGUGCUUAUCGACCUGAAGAGGAUUCGAACGAAAUCAAUUAUGGAAUUACUUCGGGCUCCGUACAGGGUCAAGGUUUCCAAGGACAACGCAUACAAACUAAUCAGAAAGGUUACAAUUACGGCAGUGGUGCUCAAGGCCAAGCUUCUUUUGGACAGACUGCUGGAUCUCAAGGACAGAGUACCUUCGGACAGGGUACUGGAACGCAAGGGCAAGGGGCUUUUGGACAAACCACUGCAUCGCAAGGUUCUUUUGGCCAGGCAUCUGGCUUACAGGGACAGGAUGCGUUUGGACGAGGCAGUGGUCAACGAGGACAAGGUACAUUUGGACAAGGCAGUGGUUCCCAAGGACAAGGUAUCUUUGGACAAAAUUCUGGAUCGCAAGGACAGAGUGGCUAUGGACAGACUGCUGGAACGUCGGGGCAAGGUGGACAAAGUGCUUUUGGGCAGACCGCUGGAACUAAAGUACAAGGUGGCUUUGGACAAAAUACUGGGGCACGAGGACAAGUUGGCUUUGGACAGAUAAGUAGCUCUCAAGGACAGGGUUCUUUUGGACAGAGUGCUGGAACGCAAGCUACCGGACAAAGUAUUGGACAAACUGCCUUUGCUCAGACCAUGGGCUCACGAGGACAAAACGGCUUUGGAGGUGGUUCAGGUUUAACGAACCAAUUUAAUCAACAAAGAAACGGCCAAAAAGAGACGGGAUAUCAAUACAAUCGUCCACAGGGUGUUUCCCCUUCUGGUGGUAGUCAAUCUGGUAAAGGCUCACAGAGCCAGAGCGCUUUUGGACAGACCGCCGCUUCUCAAGGACAGGGUACUUUUGGACAGAAUGGAGGGCAAGGUGGCUCUAGGCAGACUUUCGGUACGCAAGGUCAAAGUGCAUUUGGGCAGAAUGCUGGACAAGGUAACUUCGGUCAGUCUUCUGGAAAUCAAGGACAAGGUGCCUUUGGACAAAGUGCUGGUUCACGAGGACAAGGUGCCUUUGGACAAAGUGCUGGUACACGAGGACAAGGUGACUUUGGACAAAAAGCUGGAUCUCAAGGCCAGGGUGGCAAUGGCCAAAUUACUGGAUCCCAAGGUCAGGGUGGCUAUGGACAAACUACAGGAUUCCAAGGUCAGGGUGGCUUGGGACAGUCUGCUGGUGGAAAAAGUCAAGGAGGCUUCGGGCAGACUGCAGGAACACAGGGUCAGGGCGGUUUUGGACAGACUACUGGUACUCAAGGACAAGGAGGACAAGGUGCUUUUGGACAAACUGCUGGAACUAAAGCACAAGGAGGCUUCGGACAAACUUCUGGUACAAAAGGUCAGGGAGUAUUUGGACAAAUAAGUCAAGGACAGAGAACAUCAGGACAAAGUGAUGGGCCUCGAGGACAAGGUGGUUACGGGCAGAACGCUGGAGGGAAAGGCCAAAGUGCCUUUGGACAGACUGCUGGACAACAAGGCCAAGGUGCCUUUGGCCAAACAGCUGGAACGCAAGGUCAAGGUGCCUUUGGCCAGAUCGCUGGAACUCAAGGACAAGGCAUCUUUGGAGGUUCAGGUUCUCGAGGACAAUCAGGUCAGACCAAUCAAUUUAAUCAACAGGGCUCUGGAAAUGGUCAAAAAGAGGCAGGUUACCAGUAUAAUCGUCCACAGGGAUCUUUCCCAACUGAUGGUAACCGACCAGGACAAACUAAUGCACAAUCUGGAUCGGGUUCAUCUGGAUCUUCAGGGCAAGGAUCAGGCUUCCAACCUAGUUCAAACAGGCCCGGUGGCAAUCAGCCCGGUUCGGGGUCCGGGAAUGGUGGACCAUCACAAUACCAGCCUGGUGGAAAUACGCAAUCUUCAUCGGGCAAUGGACAGGGCACUUCAUAUAGGCCUGGUGGAAAUCAGUCUUCAUUUGGUUCAACUAGUGGUUCCGGAUAUCAAUACAACAGGCCUGGAUCUCAGCCUAGCCAAGGCAGUCAGCCGCAACGUCCUGGAUUUGGAGGAUCUCCAUCACCUAACCAGAGUGCUGGUCAAGAAUUCGGUGGCCCUCGCCAGCCUCCAAGCUUUAGUCCCGAGGAAGGAUACAAAUAUUGAGGCCAAAGGAUUGUAGUGCAAUUGUAGGAUAAGAAAUGGAUCGGCAAUAGAAAAUUAAAAAAAAAAUGUACGUAUGUAGCUUAUAAUGAAUUGUAAAAAGCAAAUUGUUU